GGGAAUUCUGCACGUUGUAACUUGUUACUCGCUUGUGCAUGAUUUUCUGGAAAUCUUUUUGAGCUUCUCAGUAACCAGACAUUUAUAUUUAUAAUCUUUUUAUGGACUGCAUGGAAUUGCUCUUUUAAUUUUGUUGUUGUGAAUGCGGAGUGAGGAGCGUUGAGAGAAAGCGAUUGGAAUUUAGCGCGAUGCCCGAUGCGUCCGCACAGCGCCAGUGCCAUGCAGCAGACCCGCAAAGCUCCCUUGAUCGUCAAGAUCCAGCGCAGCGCCCGCAGCCACACAGCCCUGCCCGCCUCUCUGCCCGCCGCGCCCCCUGCGCCGCGUUUCCUGGCCAGUCAGGCCGCAGGGCCCGAGCUGCACAUGGCGGACCUGGAAGCGGGCCUGCCUGACGCGCUGCCACUGCACCGCGACGCAACGAUGAAUGAGCAGUCGGCCCCCGGCACCCCCUCCGGCUACCAGUCCCCCGAGCUAGGCAUGCCCCCCCACGGCCCCUACAUCCACUACUCCCCCGAAUCCCCGCCCCCCACGCACCCCACCUCCCCCUCGCCCUCCGGCAUGCGCGCCGCCUCCACCAGCCCCGUGGCCCCCGCCAAACGCCCCGCCGGCCACCCCUCCCCCCAGCGCCGCUCCCCGCGCGGCCGCCCCGCCUCCGCCCGAGCUCAUUGA